UGUCCGUUAACCGAUUUUAAAUAUUCAAAUUCUAACAGCUCACCAAAAUCACACACUCGAGCAAGCAAAAGGCGCGAGAACGGUCGCGCGCCAACCAACAUCACCAACAAACACACAAAACUUAACGUUUCCGCUGGCGACAAAUAGACAUUUGAAUGGUUCUCUGAUAAAUUAUUCAUUUUGCGAUAACAUGUGCGGUGCGUGUUGGACGUCGUCUACGUUUCGGUCUGCUGCUGCUCCUGCUGCUGCUGCUGGUCGGUCUGGCAAGUGGAAUAACUUAUUGGUUAUAAGCAGUGACGGGGGACCGAUUACACGCAUGAAUGAUGGAAACGCAUCACGAACGAACACCGGAGUCAGCAGAGGGAAUUCCAUCAAACUGCGCCUCAGACUUGAGCAGAAACCGAAAAGGAGAAUCUGAAAUGCAAAUUAGCUAACUUUACCAGUCACAUCGUAGUAAGUGUGUCCCGGGAAGCGAAUUCUACAACGCUUCGAUCGGUGCACGGCGGAAUGCGCGAAGGAUCCCGUACAAUUUGGAAAGCAAAAGAACAGGUAAAGAUCAUAUUUCACAACUCGCCAAUGUUGUGACUCGGAAUGGCAAUGGCAGUUACUAAAGGUCUGGCGCUCCAUAACCAAAGUCGUGCUGCUGCUCGAAGCAAAUUCCCCAAACAAAGCUCACACCCUUUCCGUACGAUGAUGAAUCGUGACGGAACGGUUUGCACACAGCAGCAUCUCGCCGCUGGUAGGCUUCAGUUAAGGGUUUUCGCGAUGAAGCUAGUUUCUCGCUGUAGCGGUGAAGUUUACGAGAAUGUGGUGCACACCUCUUGGGGGAGGCAAUGCCUCUGGAACUCUGGUUGACAUUUGCAUUCUGAAACAAAGCAAGAUAGCCCUGCAUUCUCAAGAAUAAAGGAAGACCUUUUGCACUCUAUGCCACCAAACCGCGAAACCCAUUAAUCGAAUGAUCGAUCCUGAUCGUGACGUGGUUUAUCAAUUGCAUAGGACAAUAGCAACUUGUCAAUUGUUGCACCGCGUGAUACAGACUUGCAUAAUCCUAGCAACCUAUGAUAUACCUAUCCACAGUAGGCGUCAGUUUUUCCGCUUGAGUCAGUGCAACGGGUACGGAAAACAGUCGCCAUGGACAUUAUCUGCACCAUUUGCUGGGAAUCGCUCGAGAACGGGCGCAUCUUUGCCACCACCUGCGGACACAUCUUCCACGAAAAGUGUAUCGUGAACUGGACGACACGAAGCCCUUGCUGUCCCGAGUGUCGCCACGAAACGACGUUUCCGAUGCGUUUGAUCCAUUUCACCUGGCAGGAGCAGUUCGAAACGCAGGAGAUGCAAUCGCUCGAGUCGCUCGAGCAGGCGGGUGCUAGUGCAGAAUCUGCUCCCAUGCUAGCCAAAACCAUGUCAACGGAGGACAUGUUCUCGGGCUGUGGUGAUGCGGAACGUAACACGCAGGAAAUGGAGGAUCCACCAGCGAAUCCGCUAAGCGCACAGAAAACGAUCGACAUUGAUACGAGCCAGCGAAGCGAAGAUGGUUGCGGUGUGUGCAGCCGGUUCCACUUCCUGCUGGAGAAAGCUAUCAAGCUGCGCAACAUCGUAAAGGACCACGAAAAGGCACAACAGGCAGGGGGGUCUUUAAGUUCGACGGUAUCCGAAGGGUUUAAGCUACCGGUACUGCCCGGUCCAAAGGCCAAACGUAAACGGCAGCUGUAAAAGAAGAGACCGUACAUUGCGGUCGCAACUAAAUUAUGCGUUGGUCUCUACCUAAGACUGUUAUUAACGUUGACCGUGAUUGAAAUCGAUACGUUGCACGGAUCUACUGCCGCCUUAUAAUGCGUACGCGUGCGUGACGCUCACAUCACACCACAUCCGGGAAGUACGGUAUCAGAAUGAAUCAACCAGAGACGGACCGGCUGACCGCUCAGUGCAUAACAACAUCAACAACAAACCGAUAUCGCAUACGUCUCUGGUAGAUCCGUUGGGCAAACUACCGCCGCGCAACUACAAAAAAAACCCUCGAAGAAGCAGUUCUUGAUGUGGCGCAUAUUUGUUUUGAACGAUUUUUUGCUGUGCAAAUUUAUUUUGGAGUUGAAGAUCCCCCUCUUCAGGCUCAUCUAGAACAUUGCGACAUUUUUUGUUGUGCCCAUUUGCUUUCACUUUUUCACACGUGAGAUGUUUCAAGAAUUUGAUGAGUCACCAAAAUGCAUGUUUUUGUAUCACUUUUGGAAUAAUAUAAGAAAAACACUGCUCUGUAAUA